AUGGACGAAGACGAACUACUGUUGUUUAAAACCUCAUUAUUACAUAUAUUACUUAAGGACGGCGAGAAAAGUGAAUGGGUGAAUUCCAUUUUUCAAGAGAGAGAAGAGCAUGGCGAGUUUCACACGUUAUUUCCAAGGCUGCUGGAGCAAGAAAAUAAAUGUUUCGAAUACUUCAGUAUGCAAAUUGACACGUUCUGGUACAUACUAAAUGGAAUUAGGCCGUACAUAGAAAAACAAAGUAAUUUUAGAAAAUGUAUUUCUCCAGAAGAACGACUAUCGGCAACAUUAAGAUUUAUAUCUACGGGGAUGGCUUUUAGAUCUAUGGCUUUUUCCUAUCGGAUUGCACACAACACUAUUGCAGGAAUAAUUUAUGAGACCUGUGAUGCCAUUUGGGAGUGUUUUACUGAGAAACAUAUGCCUUUUCCUACAGCAGAUUUGCUUGAAAAGAGUGCAAAAGACUAUGAGCAGUUAUGGAACUUCCCAAACUGUGUUGCCAGUAUCGAUGGCAAACAUAUGCGCAUUAAAUGCCCGAAAAAAACUGGCUCGAAACACUUCAAUUAUAGAGGAUUCUUCUCUGUGGUCCUUCAAGCAAAAGUUGAUGCGCAAUAUGAAUUUAUAAGUGUGGAUGCGGGAGCCUAUGGUAGGCAAAGUGACAGUGGUGUGUUUUCAGAAUCUAAUCUGUUCCAACAUAUAGAAACAGGAUCUUUUCCUUUCCCACAACCAAGACAGAUAACCGGAACUACCAUGACGCUACCUUACGUCAUACUUGGUGACCAAGGAUAUCCUCUAAAAGAGUAUUUAAUGCGCCCUUAUCCAACAGGCUUCGUCGAGCCAGACGAACUGUAG